AUGUUCCUUUGCCGCCCCGGCCGCUGCUGGGACGAGUUUGCCUGCCGCUACGCGUACCCCUCCGGCGCGGUGGGGGACGUCCACCCGCUGCUGGCGACGUGCGCGGCGGAGGAGCGGCUGCGGGAGCAGGCGCUGAAACGCGAGUCCCGUCGCCGGCGCAGCGCGAAGCGCGACGUCACGUACGAGCCCACGAAGAGUAGCAGGGGCGGCGGAAGCGACGGCGACUAUUACGCCGUCCUGGGCGUCGAGCGCGAUGCCACGGCGCGGCAAAUUAAGGAGGCGUACAACCGCCUCGUGUUGGAGAUACACCCGGACAAGAACCCGAGCAAAUCCGCCGCCUCCCAGUUUGACGCGGUGACAAAGGCCUAUCGCGUGCUUGGCAACGCGGAGAAGCGGCGCAAGUACGACAUUGGCGGCACCAGUGUUGUGGAGGACAUUGGCGAAAAGAAGCGAGACGCGGUGCGGGCGCUCUUUGGCGGUGACGCCCUGUACAACAUCGUGGGCGAUGUGAAGACGGGCAGCUUCUCGCAGCGUGUCGUGGAUGGUCUUGACUGGACGCAGGAUGAGCUUGCCGCGUGCCGCCAGCGCAUGCUCCAGCGCUGCCGUGACGAGCUUCUCACCGCCUACCUGCAGCCGCUCCAGCACGGCAACACGAAGACCGGCGGCCACCACGAUGGGGUCGGCCUUACGGACGUCAAGAGACGGCUGCAGGGGCUCCUCAACACUGGCCUCGCCAAGGAGGUGUUGUGUGCCGUGGGACAGGAGUACAUGCGUGUCGUGCGGUACAGUGAAGCGAGGAGUGCGUUGCAGCGACUUCAAUUCUUUCUGCACGUCAUAGCCCCGCACCGAGUCCAACGACGCGUGGACAAGUGGCGUGCGUUGGGCCGCAUUCGACAGCACACCUUCAAGGACUCCGCCGCCAUGGUGGACCUGGCGUGGUACACGUCGGUCGAGGAGCUUGAGUCGACGGCGCGGUGGGUGGCAACGGCGGUCAUUCUCGACCCACGCCUGCCGCUGGAGGAGCGCCAACGCCGCCGCGAGGCACUGCGCGUGAUUGCCGAGACAUUUGUCGUCUAUGGGCAGGUGUACAAGGGCGCCAACAGGCAAACGAUGGAUACGUUGAUGAACUCGCUGCGGGAGUACAAGCAGCAACAGCAGCAGCAAAGGCGGGAUAGCCAGUAA